AUGGCAGCCCAAAAUUCUUCUGUGACAGAGUUUAUCCUACUAGGCUUAACAGACCAACCAGGACUCCAGAUGCCUCUCUUCUUCCUGUUUUCAAGUUUCUACAUGGUCACUGUGGUGGGGAACCUGGGCUUGGUAACUCUGAUUGGGUUGAACUCUAACCUACACAUUCCCAUGUACUUUUUCCUUUUCAACCUCUCCUUAAUAGAUUUCUGUUACUCUACCACCAUCAUCCCCAAAAUGCUGAAGAGUUUUGUCUCAAAGCAGAACAUAAUCAUGCAUGCAGGGUGCAUGACUCAACUAUUUUUUUUAUGCUUCUUUGUCAUCUCUGAAUCCUUCCUCCUGUCAGCAAUGGCAUAUGACCGCUAUGUUGCCAUCUGUAAACCACUGGUGUACACUGUCACCAUGUCUCUUCAGGUCUGUUUACUCCUCUUGUUGGGUGUGUAUGUGAUGGGAUUUUCAGGGGCCUUGGCCCAUACAGGAAACAUAGCAGGUCUGACCUUCUGUGCCAAGAACCUUAUUAAUCAUUUCAUGUGUGACAUCCUUCCUCUCCUUGAGCUCUCCUGCAACAGCACCUAUGUCAAUGAGCUGGUUGUUUUUGUAGUUGUUUCCAUUGGCAUUGGAAUGCCCAUUGUCACCAUCUUCAUCUCUUAUGCUCUAAUCUUCUCCAGCAUUCUCCACAUUCACUCCACUGAGGGCAAAUCCAAAGCCUUCAGUACGUGUGGCUCCCACAUAAUGGUGGUCUCUCUUUUCUAUGGUUCUUCAGCUUUCAUGUAUCUCAAGCCACCUUCUAUUUUGCCCCUUGAGAAAGGAAAAGUGUCCUCCCUAUUCUAUACCAUUGUGGUUCCCAUGUUAAACCCAUUGAUCUAUAGUUUGAGGAACAAGGAUGUCAAAGUUGCACUGAAGAAAACCUUGGGAAGAGAAAUAUUUUCUUGA